UUCAUUUGUCAUCGAUAGAAUAUGCGAUAGUGGCUACGAUGUUUGUAUAGGAAUUUUGUCAAUUUUUAGUCCAUUUGCGCAUCAAGCAGGUUCUAAUGGCAACUUUACGCGGUUGGAGAUUUGUUGGCUUUGUGUCAUGCAUUGUUGGAGCAAUAGGAAUUACUCUAUAUCCAGUUGUUGUGGAUCCCAUGAUAAACUCAAAAAAAUAUAAAUCUCUACAAGAGCAUAUCAGCAGCCAUGCUAAAUAAAAGUAUAUAAUAGUGCAAAUAAUAUGUAUUACAUUGCGAUAUAUCCUCAAGUGUAAAUAAAUAUUAUUAUUCUUAUACCAUAACUAAUUAUUGCGCAAAGAAAUGUGAACAGCUGA